AUGGCGUCGUCGAGUAGAGGAGCAACUGUACAAGUUAAUUGUCCUGAACAUCCAGACACACCAUUAGUAGAAGAUCAUCAUGCUGGUGAUAUGAUAUGUCCAGAGUGUGGACUGGUAGUAGGUGAUAGAGUAAUAGAUGUCGGAUCAGAAUGGAGAACAUUUAGUAAUGAUAAAGAUGCUAAGGAUGCUUCUCGUGUUGGAGCAGCUGAGAACUCUCUACUGGAUGGAGGUGAUUUAUCGACUAUGAUAGCUGCUGUACCAGGUGGUGAAGAUUCUGGUUAUAGAAACAGACGAACAAUCAGUAGCUCAGACAGAACAUUGAUAUCAGCAUUUAAAGAAAUCAAUCAAAUGGCAGACAGAUUAAAUUUACCUAAAAUGAUAGCAGAUAGAGGAAGUACAUUAUUUAAAACAGUACAUGAAGGUAAAUCAUUACGUGGUAGAAGUAAUGAUGCUAUAGUCUCAGCCUGUGUUUAUAUAGCUUGUAGACAGGAAGGUGUACCUAGAACAUUUAAAGAAAUUUGUGCUGUAUCUAAAAUAUCUAAGAAAGAAAUAGGUCGUGUAUUUAAACUGAUUAUAAAGAAUCAUGAAACAAACGUAGAGUUAAUAACUACUGGUGAUUUUAUGUCUCGGUUCUGUACCAAUCUAGAAUUACCUAUGAAAGUACAGAAAGCUGCUACGUGUAUAGCUAGAAAAGCUGUAGAUUUAGAUCUAGUACCAGGACGAAGUCCAAUUUCUGUUGCUGCAGCUGCUAUUUAUAUGGCUUCACAAGUUUCCAAUACUAAAAAAUCUCAAAAAGAUAUUGGGGAGGUAGCUGGAGUAGCAGAAGUAACUAUCAGACAGGCCUAUAAACUAAUGUAUCCUAAGGCUCAUGUCCUCUUUCCUGAUGAAUUUAAAUUUGAUACUCCUAUAGACCAAUUACCACUUCAAUAAAGUCAUGGUCAAUUUAUUUAAUGGUAAUGAAAUGUUGUUGUUUAAAUGGUAAUUGGUGAAGAGUGAAGCCAUAGUAGUUGUUUGAAUGGUAAUUGGUGAAGAGUGAAGCCAUGGUAAUUGGUGAAGAGUGGAGCUGUGGUAAUAUUACCAUGGUAAUUGGUGAAGAGUGGAGCCGUGGUAAUAUUACCAUGGUAAUUGGUGAAGAGUGGAGCCAUGGUAAUAUUACCAUGGUAAUUGGUGAAGAGUGGAGCCGUGGUAAUAUUACCAUGGUAAUUGGUGAAGAGUGGAGCCGUGGUAAUAUUACCAUGGUAAUUGGUGAAGAGUAGAGCCGUGGUAAUAUUACCAUGGUAAUUGGUGAAGAGUGGAGCCGUGGUAAUAUUACCAUGGUAAUUGGUGAAGAGUAGAGCCGUGGUAAUAUUACCAUGGUAAUUGGUGAAGAGUGGAGCUGUGGUAAUAUUACCAUGGUAAUUGGUGAAGAGUGGAGCCGUGGUAAUAUUACCAUGGUAAUUGGUGAAGAGUGGAGCCGUGGUAAUAUUACCAUGGUAAUUGGUGAAGAGUGGAGCCGUGGUAAUAUUACCAUGGUAAUUGGUGAAGAGUGGAGCCGUGGUAAUAUUUACCAUGGUAAUUGGUGAAGGAUUUAAAUGCUGUGUGUGUGAAGUGCUCCUCUGUAUUUCUUCAAGAUUUUUAUGUAAAAGACAUUGAAAACCCAAUUCCAUGAUAUAACAUUUUUUUUUCCUUUAUCAAUGUUGAAAUUCCAUUUAUGUUUUGAUGUAUGGCAAUAGGAAUGAGGUACGAAAUCAUCAAGAUAAUGCUAGUUACAUAGCAAAAAAAUGGCUUUAAGAGGCCUUUUAAAAGCACUAUUAGAAUAGCUAGUCAACAAUUUUGAUUGAUUUUCUUUUUUCGCAUUUAAAGGAGGCCUCACUAAGAAGAUUUGUUACAGUGCAUAAUGACACUGUGAAUUUCUUUAAUGCCAAGGGUUGAAUCCCAGUGAGGUUGUGAAAAUACCUUCAGUGAAUAUCUUCCUGUCUGUGAUGCAGGUCCACGAGGCUGGCAUUGUUUGGAUGGGACAAUAAACUGAGGCCCCAUGUGCUGAAUUAUUACAGACUGUGCACAUUAAAGGUCCCUUGACAGUUGGACAUCAAAAAAAGAGUAGGUUAAUGCCACUCAUUGCACACUUCAUGGUGUUAGCUGUCUUCAUUGGCCCAAGUAGGGCUUGGAGAUUAAGAAUAUAAAUUUUUCAGUAUGUUUACCUAGUGUCAUAAUCCCUAUAUAGAAAAAAUAGUAAUCUCUGAAAUAAGCUGUAAAGAUUUUAUGAUUUUUUCAAUUAUUACUUUUAUGGAUAAUAACAAAGUUUUAUUUAUUUAUCUAUGUGAUUAUAAAGGAAUUCUGUUGUAUAGUU